UGCAGCAGGUGACGGAGCCACGCCCCCUUCCUCCCCGCGCACCAAUAGGAACCAGACCUAAGAGGACGAACCAAGAACGAAAAGCCCCACCCACUCGGGAGCCGCAACCUAGAAGCCAGGGUUGUGUAUCAAAUCCAACUAGGAGAAAAUCCCACCUCCAGGCUCCUUAAUCCUUCCAAUGGAGCGGAAGUUUCGCUCACAGCGAAACUAGUUAGGGGAUCCAAUGGGAAAAGAACGUUCACACGGACUACAAGACGAAGCCAAUGGAAUGGAAAAUUGUCCUCGCGUUGGUAGAAGCAGCCAAUGAGAUGAAAAGAGCCCGCCUCCAAAGUGGCUGCAGAGCCAAUGGGACGAAUCGUGCCCAGGGGCGCGCUCCAAUGGGGUAGCAGGGCUCGCCCGGCCGCCGCUACCGCGCUUCCCCGCUCCCGGACUCCCCACCCCCGGCCGGCCGCGGAGCCGAGUGCUGACCCGGGUGAGAGAUUCCCGCGGCUCCGGGAAGAUGGCGGCAGUCGUGGUGCUGGCCACCGGGUUGCGCGCGGCGCGCAGAGCCGUGGCGGCCACGGGGGCGCGCGGGGGGCAGGUCCGAGGAGCUGCAGGUGUGACUGAUGGGAAUGAAGUGGCCAAGGCCCAACAGGCAACUCCUGGGGGAGCAGCCCCAACCAUCUUCUCCCGGAUCCUGGACAGGAGCCUCCCAGCUGACAUUCUUUAUGAGGACCAGCAGUGUCUUGUAUUCCGUGAUGUGGCCCCUCAGGCUCCUGUGCACUUCCUGGUCAUUCCUAAGAAGCCCAUUCCUCGGAUUAGCCAGGCUGAAGAAGACGACCAGCAGCUUCUAGGACACCUACUCCUUGUGGCCAAGAAGAUAGCAAAGGCUGAGGGCCUGGGAGAUGGAUACCGACUUGCUCAAUUUCAGUGAUCAACGAUGGGAAGCUGGGUGCACAAUCUGUGUAUCAUCUGCACAUUCAUGUACUUGGGGGCCGGCAGCUCCAGUGGCCUCCAGGUUGAAACUGCCAAUUGACCAAAGGACACCAGACUCUGGAUGCUUGGAUGGAAAGGGAAAAAUUGACCCUGUGAUACUAAUAAAACUGUUAUCCUUUAA